AUUAGAUCGUGAAUUCAUUCUAUGAGUAUCGUAGUGGGUAAAAAACUUAUGGAUUAUGGAUAAUUAGCAGUGACUUAGAAAUCAAUUUGUGAGUGAAUAGAGAUUGAAGUUCUCAUAAUGUCGUCCUACUGUGGAUUCGAUGAUACAUCAUUUGACGACUUUGCGGAUUACACAUCUGAAGAUAGUGGAUUUGAAAAGAGUUUGGAAUCUAACGGUGACCAUUCGUUCAGUUUUGCUUCAAAAAAGCUUGACUUUGAAGCUGAAGCACCAUGUGUUCAACCGCAGGUCCCACGAAAACGUGGACGAAAGUCAUUGAAGGAAAAAAGCUUAGAACAAAUGUCCGCGGAUUUCCAUCCCAGUUUAGGAGUUCAAACCUCGACGCCAACUAAACCAACAACUGCCGCCAAUGGAGAACAGAAACCUAAACGAAAGUAUGCCAUGGGGAAAAGUCGAAUAACAAGGAACCGAAGUCCUACUCAAGUCGUUAAGAUCAAACGAUUCCGUCGGUUAAAAGCGAACGAUCGGGAGCGAAAUCGGAUGCACACCUUAAACGAAGCUCUGGAGAGGCUUAGGCUCACACUUCCAACCUUUCCCGAGGAUACCAAACUGACCAAGAUAGAGACACUGCGAUUUGCAUACAAUUAUAUAUUUUCACUAGUUCAGGUCCUUGAACUGGAUGAAGAAGUUCAUCUUGAUUUGGAAAAACUUCAGAGUUUAACAUUGAGUGGCGAAAGAAUUAACAAGGAACUUUUUGAUGCCAUGUUCAUAAAUCCUUCACCACACUUCAUGGAGUCUGGAUUUGGCUGUAGCGAUUUUUACAACAGCAUGCACCAGUAUGGCAUAACUAUGAGUAAUCCUCAGAGCUACGAACACCCUAGCUUCUCAAAACAAAACUAUCAAAUGUUCCGAGGUGCCUUCGAUGCGGCCUACAAUAGUCAUAAGCAACCUUACCUCAAUCAAACAUAUCCUCCAUCGACACCGGCUUAUCAGCAACAUCAAUCCAUGCUGAAUUCAGGAUGCUACCAGCAGUCAACGAUCAAUCCAGCGGAAAUGUGCGGUCCUUCGUACCAAAUGACACCGCAUCCCGUACAUCAAUCACCACAACAGCAAGGAAUGCACUACGGAAGCAGUUUCUACAGUCAAACUCCACCCUGGACCGAAACAUCAGGCUUCAACGAACCGACGGGAUUACACACAGAAAUCAGCAGGAAACCUGGAGAAAUUUAUCCAGUUUCGUUGUAGUAUAAACUGUUGAGCUUUGAGAUUCGUUUGUAUGUUAGGACACGAAAGUUAACAAGUUUUAAGUGCAUCAUGUAAACUCUGGUGAUAAAUAAUCAAGUAGGUGAACUAGUGAAUAUAUAAGUUAGUAAAAUAGUGGAAUGAAGGAUGUACAAAUCUAACAUGCUUUGCAGGUUCUACUGAUUCGGGUAGAAAAUGCAAAACGUAACGAUUUGUUGUGAAAACGUUGAUUUUAAGCGGAUAUUUACAUAUUUUAAAUGGACGAUAAAAUGUGAUUUGACAGUGCUAAAGGAAAAUAAUAUUGUGCAUUUACUUCGAUUCUAGUAUACUUGGACGUACUGUUAUGGACAAUUGGAUGGCACUAGAGUAGCUCCCGCAUUAGGAUUUCCCAGGAAAAAGAUCGAUGUACAAAGAGAUCGCUUAUGCCAGAAAAAAAAGAUAGCUCAAUUGGUUUGUUUAGUGACUAGUUUGCUCAAAAAAGCAUAUUUUUAGGCAUUCCAUAAUUUUACAAUGUUUCAACAUCUUAAGUUUAG